UCUCUACGUUUUCUCACGUACCAAACAAACACAAAAAUUCAAAGCAUGAACAAUACAUAGAUUCAUUUCAUUUCAUUUUUUUUUUGGGUGAACUCUGUUACAAGAAAAAAGGCUUUGUUACAACGAAAAAAAUCGUGGGAAAGUUUUAAUAUAUAAACAUGGCGGCGGCUGCAUUGGCCGGAGAUGACUUAUCAAGGCAGAGUAGUAGUAGGAGGAGUUGGCGGUCGACGAGUGUGAGGGAAAUGUGGAAUGAGCCGGACGUGUUUCAGAGGAGUGGACGGCAGGUGGUGAAUGAUGAAGAGGAGUUGAAGUGGGCGGCGAUAGAGAGGCUUCCCACUUAUGAUAGAGUGAGGACAGGGAUGCUGAAGCAAGUGAUGAGCAAUGGGAGAGUUGUGCAUGGUGAAGUUGAUGUCACAAAGCUUGGAACUCAGGACAAGAAGCUGUUGAUGGAGAGCAUUCUUAAGGUUGUUGAAGAGGAUAAUGAAAAGUUCCUCAGGAGGCUCAGGAACAGAACUGACAGGGUAGGAAUAGAAAUCCCUAAGAUUGAAGUUAGAAUCCAGAAUAUGUCAGUUGAAGGAGAUGCAUAUGUUGGGACCAGAGCACUUCCAACUCUGCUUAAUUCCUCCAUGAAUGCAAUUGAGUCUGCUCUUGGAAUGAUUGGGCUCUCUCCAUCAAAGAAAAAAAUUGUCAAGAUUCUACAAGAUGUGAGCGGCAUAGUCAGAUCAUCAAGGAUGACACUACUUCUUGGGCCUCCUGGGUCAGGGAAAACAACACUUCUACAAGGACUUGCUGGGAAACUGGGUGAUGAUUUAAGGGUAACUGGAAAAGUCACCUACUGUGGUCAUGAAUUUCAAGAAUUUGUACCUCAAAGAACCUGUGCUUAUAUUAGCCAACAUGAUCUCCAUUAUGGUGAGAUGACUGUACGUGAGACAUUGGAUUUCUCUGGACGUUGCCUAGGAGUUGGAACCAGGUAUGAAAUGCUGUUAGAAUUAUCUAAUAGAGAGAAAGAAGCAGGAAUUAAACCAGAUCCUGAGAUUGAUGCCUUCAUGAAAGCCACAGCUAUGGCUGGACAAGAGACAAGUUUGAUCACAGAUUAUGUUCUCAAGAUACUUGGGUUGGAUAUCUGUGCUGAUACCAUGGUGGGGGAUGACAUGAGAAGGGGUAUAUCUGGUGGUCAGAAGAAGCGUGUAACUACUGGUGAAAUGUUGGUUGGACCAGCAAAAGCAUUUUUCAUGGAUGAAAUAUCAACAGGGCUGGACAGCUCCACCACAUUUCAGAUUGUCAGGUUCAUGAGGCAGAUGGUUCAUAUCAUGGAUGUCACCAUGGUUAUCUCUCUCUUACAGCCUGCACCUGAGACAUAUGAUCUUUUUGAUGAUAUUAUCCUUCUUUCUGAGGGUCAGAUUGUCUACCAAGGUCCACGUGAGAAUAUUCUUGAGUUCUUUGAACAUAUGGGCUUCAAAUGUCCAGAGAGGAAAGGGGCUGCAGACUUUCUGCAGGAAGUAACUUCCAAGAAGGACCAAGAACAAUACUGGUUUAGAAAGAACCAACCUUACAGAUAUAUCUCAGUAACUGAGUUUGUAAGGGCCUUCAACUCAUUUCACAUUGGCCAACAGAUUUUGGAAGAUUUAAGAGUUCCUUAUGAUAAAUCCAGAGCCCAUCCUGCCGCUUUGGUGACAGAAAAGUAUGGGAUUUCCAACAUGGAACUCUUCAAGGCUUGUUUCUCAAGGGAAUGGCUUCUGAUGAAGCGCAACUCCUUUGUGUAUAUAUUCAAGACUACUCAGAUAACAAUCAUGGCUACAAUUGCAAUGACUGUGUUCUUGAGAACAGAAAUGAAAGCUGGUUCAUUAGACGAUUCAGCAAAAUUUUGGGGAGCUUUAUUUUUCAGUCUCAUUAAUGUCAUGUUUAAUGGGAUGGCAGAACUUGCAAUGACAAUAUUCAGGCUUCCUGUGUUCUUUAAACAGAGGGAUUUCUUAUUCUACCCUGCAUGGGCUUUUGGACUCCCUAUUUGGCUCCUGAGAAUUCCAAUUUCAUUUAUGGAAUCUGGUAUUUGGAUCAUUCUUACAUAUUACACCAUUGGGUUUGCACCUUCUCCCAGUAGGUUCUUCAAACAGUUUUUGGCUUUCUUUGGCAUACAUCAAAUGGCACUCUCCCUCUUCCGUUUCAUUGCAGCCCUUGGAAGAACACAGGUUGUUGCAAACACGCUUGGUAUUUUUACAUUACUAUUGGUGUUUGUGCUCGGAGGAUUCAUUGUUUCCAAAGAUGACAUUAAGCCGUGGAUGAUAUGGGGCUACUACAUUUCUCCUAUGAUGUAUGGACAAAAUGCAAUUGCUAUCAACGAGUUUCUUGAUGACAGAUGGAGCGCUACUGUCAAUACCACUGAAGGAACAGUAGGAAAGACCCUUCUCGCGCAAAGAGGCCUGUUUACAGAGGAACGUUGGUAUUGGAUUUGUGUAGCAGCACUCGCCGGGUUUUCUCUUCUUUUCAAUGUUCUUUUCAUUGCAGCACUGACAUUCUUAAAUCCUCUUGGUGAAACUAAAGCUGUGAUUGUGGAGGAUGUGUCUGAAAGCAAUACUAGGCGGCAAUUAACAUCCAAUUCAGAAGGUAACAGAAAUGCUCAAGGUACCAGCUCAGUUCAAUCUAAACGAGGAAUGGUUUUGCCCUUCCAGCCGCUUUCACUUGCUUUCAACCAUGUGAAUUACUAUGUGGAUAUGCCUGCAGAAAUGAAGACCCAAGGGGUUGAUGAGACCCGACUGCAGCUGCUAAGAGAUGUCAGUGGUGCUUUCAAACCAGGCGUACUGACAGCAUUAGUUGGUGUCAGCGGUGCUGGAAAGACUACCCUGAUGGAUGUUUUAGCAGGGAGGAAGACUGGCGGAUAUAUUGAAGGAAGCAUUAGCAUUUCUGGUUACCCAAAGAACCAAGCCACAUUUGCUCGGGUCAGUGGUUAUUGUGAACAGAAUGACAUCCAUUCGCCAUAUGUUACUGUUUAUGAAUCUCUCGUAUACUCUGCCUGGCUGCGUCUUGCUUCGGAUGUAAAGAAGGAAACAAGAAAGAUGUUUGUUGAUGAAGUUAUGGAUUUGGUCGAGCUUCACCCAUUGAGGAAUGCUCUAGUUGGACUUCCAGGAGUGGAUGGUCUUUCAACUGAGCAGAGAAAGAGGCUUACCAUUGCUGUGGAGUUGGUUGCGAACCCCUCCAUCAUCUUUAUGGAUGAGCCCACAUCAGGCCUCGAUGCUAGAGCAGCUGCAAUAGUUAUGCGUACUGUAAGAAACACAGUGGAUACAGGAAGAACCGUUGUUUGCACAAUUCAUCAACCAAGCAUUGAUAUUUUUGAAGCUUUUGAUGAGCUCUUCUUGAUGAAAAGAGGAGGACAGGUGAUUUAUGCCGGACCUCUUGGUCGCCAAUCUCACAAACUUGUUGAAUAUUUUGAGGCUAUCCAAGGAGUUCCCAAGAUCAAAGAAGGUUACAAUCCUGCUACCUGGAUGUUAGAUGUCACCUCAACUGCAGUUGAGGGUCAACUUGACAUUGAUUUUGCAGAAGUUUAUGCCAACUCUGACCUCUACAGGAGAAAUCAGGAACUAAUCAAGGAUCUAAGCACUCCAGCACCAGGCUCCAACGAUCUUUACUUCCCCACUCAGUACUCCCAGAGCUUUACAACUCAGUGCAAGGCUUGUUUCUGGAAGCAGCACUGGUCAUACUGGAGAAACUCGCAGUACAAUGCUAUUCGGUUCUUCAGUACAACUGUCAUUGGUAUUCUAUUUGGUAUUAUCUUCUGGGGCAAAGGAGACAAAAUAUACAAACAGCAGGACUUGGUUAAUCUUCUGGGAGCUACCUAUGCUGCUGUUCUUUUCCUUGGAGGAACCAAUGCUUCUGCUGUGCAAUCUGUGGUGGCAGUAGAGAGAACAGUCUUUUACCGUGAAAGAGCUGCAGGGAUGUACUCAGAGUUGCCUUAUGCAUUUGCUCAGGUGGCUAUUGAGACAAUUUACGUUGCUAUACAAACGUUUGUGUAUUCUCUUCUUUUGUACUCAAUGAUCGGAUUUAGUUGGCAAGGAGACAAGUUCUUGUAUUUCUACUACUUCAUAUUCAUGUGCUUUACAUACUUCUCAAUGUACGGGAUGAUGGUUGUUGCACUGACUCCGGGCCAUCAGAUUGCUGCAAUUGUUAUGUCCUUCUUCCUGAGCUUUUGGAACUUGUUCUCUGGUUUCCUUAUCCCUAGGCCGCUGAUCCCCAUAUGGUGGAGGUGGUACUACUGGGCUUCCCCAGUUGCUUGGACAAUCUAUGGCGUCAUUGCAUCUCAAUUUGGGGACUUGAAGACUGAAAUUUCUCUUCCUCUUGGAACAAAAGAGCCUAUAGAUGCAUUCCUUAAGGAAUUUUGGGGUUAUGACCAUGAUUUCCUUGUCCCUGUAGUCAUUGCCCAUGUUGCUUGGGUCUUUCUCUUCUUCUUUGUCUUUGCUUAUGGCAUCAAGUUCCUUAACUUCCAAAGGAGAUGAGGAAUUUCAUUGUGCACCAGAGAAGCUUUGGAAUGUUAUGAUUUACAGAUAGGUAGUUGAGUGUACACUAUUAUAGUCAAUCAGCCAGAAGAACAUAAAGCAGUUCAUUCUUUCUAUAUUUAUUUUUGUUUUUUCCUCCCAAAAUUGUGUAUUUUGCUUGGCUUGACUCUAUCAGAAUGUACAGUUUUUGUAUUCUUAUUUUCUUUA